CCCACAGAGAAACAAAGUGAGUUGUCUGAGACAGUCUGAGCUGAGGGAGAGGAAGCGUGCAACAGCUAUCAUGUCUACAAUGUUUUGUGGAGUCCUGUUCCUUGCAGUGUUUCUCAGCGGUCUGAAUGCAUCAAGACCAGCUGUCAAUCAGGAACUAUCCAACCUUUUCAAUGAGCUGUGGACGUUGGAUGUGAAUCGUUUGACGCCUGGAGUAGACUACACAAUAGAUGUUCAGGGCAGAGCCAGUUUUGUGAGCCAGGGCAGCAAUGUUGUUCAGGAUCACGCCUCACAGCCCUUGUUCUCCAACGUCAAUGAGAUUAAAUUGCAGAACGCCACCACCACCUCCAGGUUCAUGAAACUGUUGGAUAACUACGAGCGGGCCACAGGCGUGACCGAACGAGUCACAACAGAGGAGCAGAGGGAGAUUAAUCUCUUCCUGGAUGCCGUCUUGCAGACAGCAGUCAUGAAGCGAGCUCAUCAGUACCUGGUGAGUAAAGGAAAGUCCAACUCUGACUCGAGGCUGUUUAAGAAUCAACUGAAAUUGAUCUGGUUCAACCUUUACCACAGACAGAGGAACACAGGCCUGGACUCCAGUGGAUUCGAGCAUGUGUUUGUUGGAGAAACUAAAUCUGGAACAGAAAUCGUUGGGUUCCACAACUGGAUCCAGUUCUACCUGCAAGAAAAAAACAGCCACUUGGACUACAAAGGAUACAAAGCCAGGCAUAAUGACUUACCCGAUCAAGACGACCACGUUCUCAACCUCCAGUUCAGCUGGCACAGUAUAGUGAAGCCUGUGGGCAGUGCCUUCAUCGGGACAAGCCCUGAGUUUGAGAUGGCCCUCUUCACCGUCAUCUUCCUCAUGAACACAGAGAGGAGCACCACGGUGCUGGUCAACAUCGACCAGUGUCAGAUGGAGCUGGUGGUCAUCAGACACGGACGCUCCCUCGGCACAGCGUAUCCCAAACUGCUCAGCAGCAACAGCAGACAUGUUCAGCAGCACUCACACUGAAUGAACGUCUGAUGCAAAGUGUUGCAGCUCAUACCUAUAGCACAAACCUGCUCAGUGUAGUGCAGGACAUAGAUGUGUACAUAAAGUUUACACUAAAACAUAUAGCUUCAAUAAAAACAGCAGAUGCAUAUUAAAAUCAAGAAUUUGGUGUUUUUAUGCAGCAUCAUCAGCAAAUUUAACAUCCUGCAUUUGAUGGUGUCCAGCAUUUAAAGUCUAUAAAGGGCUCAUUCAACUAUUUGUUUGAGAUAAUUAUACACUAAUAAAACAUAAUCAUGAAAAUUUGACUUUUUAUCCUACACACUGCUACUUUGUGUCAUCAGUCAAACCUUGACAAAAUAGUUUACCUACAUAAAACUGCAUUACCAGUGUGGAAGUUUUUGUGAUUGUUGCACGUAGCUAGCAGUAAUCAAAAUUAUAUUAGUAUUGUAGAGUGUCACAAUAUUGUUGUGUUAACAUGUGUGCAGUAUGUCAAUGCUGUGAGUGGACUGUGUGCACUAAUAAAACAUAAUAAUAAAAUCAA